AAAUUAGAGAAUCAAGGGGGAAGAUACCAAAUGCAUCAAAAAGAAUGGCAAAAAAAUUUCAUAUUGGCACUCGUCGUGUUUAUGAAAUAUGGGAGCACAACGAACGUUUACAACAAGAUCUUGAUUCUCCAUCACCUUCUGAUUCUGAUAACUCUUCUACUUUAAAUGAUUUUAAAAACAAGAAAUCUUCAUCGAUUAAAAAAAUAAAAUCUAAACCUGUUCAUAUUUUGAAUCAACCUCCUAUUAAUAAAAAUUUAACCGGAAAGUUAAGUGCAAUAUCAUUAGAAGUAAAAAAAGAAACUACACCACCUGUUACCUUGCAAGAGACUGAAGAUGUUUUGGAAUUACAUAAGAGAAAGCAAAAAGAUAUAGAAAAGAUUAGAGCGAGUGGUCGUACUCUUGCCUCUAAAUUAUCAGUUUCUUAG